AUGUCGCUCAACAACUCGCCCCAUGCGUCUACACACGCAUCGUCGCUCUCUCCCCCACCACAAUACAUAACCGAUCGACAUACACCAGAGAGCCAGUUACCGUCAUCGGCCUCGUUUGACGCGCCAUUUUACCCCCCACAUUCGGAGCCGCUGCACGGACCUCCUCGCAGAGCAACGGUUCCAGGAUAUCCGGGAAAUAACUACGGAUAUCGAGAUCCUGGAUUCCAAAUGCCAGACGCAUCGGGGCUCGUUGCAGCAUUCGAAGAGCCAGUACCCAACGGUGUGUUGCCAUAUCCUUCGGCCGUUCGCGACAGCCCAUAUCCCAUCAACGGCGCCCUACCAUCCAUGCCUUCCCACCAGAAUGACAUGUAUCUGAACACAGCUACAACAGGCUUUAAUCCAUCCCAUCUCUCAACAGACUAUCCAGAUGUUGGCCCCGUGCAAACCGAUUAUUUCGAUCACCCCACGUUUGUAAACCAGCAACCGCCAAAUCCGGCUGUGGAAAGAAACUUGAUUGAGAAUAUCGUUCAGAAGGCGUUAUCUGCCCAACAGGCAUAUGAUCGCGGCGAGCCGUUCGCGGCCAAGGAGCGUUUAGCAGAGAUCACGAGGGCUCUUCGAGAUCUGGGCCUGAGCAAGGGCGUACUCGGUCUCGAUAGUAACCUUCCCCCACUCAUCGAUGACUCACCUAUGCAGCCUGGAGCCACGAAUGCAGUGUCGUUGAGUCCACCAUUGAGCAUCGGAGCUGGAUCUAGUCCGCUCAUGUAUGUUGGCAGUGUGGGAGGUGUUGAAGUCGGGAUCUCACCCUCAGCCGGCGGAGCCAAGCGCGCAGCCGAGCUAGACGAAGGCCCCAAAAAAGCACUCAAGCUCACUCCUCCGCGAGAGAUGGAGAACGUGAUCAAUUCGAGCCCUGGACAGUCACCGCCUCUGGGCGGAUUAACAAACAUCAAUGGUAUGCCAAUGAACGGUUUUGCCCCGAUGGCUACCGCCCCGGGCGGACUUAAUCGACCGAUUCCUUCAGGCCUUACGGGUACACACCCGCCCCCUUUGAUGCAUGCGCACACAUUCCCCGGAGUGUUGCACGCCCCGCACGUAUCAUCGCCGCUCGCAGGGAUACCAUACGAAAACGGCAUGGGCGCUGCCUCUGUCCCCACGCUGCCCCCACCCGAGUCUGCUACACCUGCGUUCCCGAGCGAACCAAACUCAACCCCGCCGUUGCCAGUCGAUCCUUACAGCUCACAUAUAUUGUCUCAGCCUCCCUUGCAGGGCCAUCACACAGGGUACCACGUCUCCCGACCGCCGAGUCCGCAUUCGAUGCACUCGGACGAAUCUGACGAUGACUCGGACGAAGGACACCGCCAUGUGAAACAAGAACAUGGAGUUACUGGAAGCAACGUGUCGCUGGGUCGGAACACUAUUGCCCCGCGUCAAACGCCGCCGAGGCCUCGUGGUAGUUUGGGCGGUGGUCGCCCGGGAGAUGUCACUCCUGAGUCCGAGGUUGACCGUGUGUUCUUCAAGUUUUUAAAUAGGAUAUGCUCCAACUUGGAGGCUACGGACAGCAAGGGCGAAGCCAUUCAUCAAACAUUGAUGGCUAAAAAGAUGGCCCGCCUUGACGAGUUACCUGACUUUAGGCCAUUCAAGUUCCGCAUACAGGCGUUCACAAACGGGUUCUUGGAAGAGUUGGCCAACGAAGGUUACCCGGACGAAGUGAUUCCCAUGAAGAAGAUAAAAUCGUACCUCUGGAACCAGCCAUACAUCUCCCGUUUCAACGAAGAUGGCAAAAAGGCCAAAUCAAAAGGGAACCACAUCUGGAACAUUGAUGCUCGAAAACUCGACAAUGGAGGGUCUAUUCAAUGGACUUUCCGCGAGUUUAGACGAAAGAUCGCGGGGACCCCGCCCGGUAUCGCUUAUCAUGGGCAUCUCUGGCAAUGGACACCUCACGUCUGGGACCCCCAGUUGUCUCGCGCCAGCAUCACCGCAUCAUUUUCUUCUCCUUCGUUGCCAGCCUGGCUUUCUUGGAACGAUAACAUUCUCAGCGGAAUCCCUGGCCCUGAUGCAGUCAAUACCGAUAUCACUGUCCACGCCAAGGUACUGAAUGACCCAGAUGACCAGGCUUUGUCGCAUACAUUCCAUUUGACUAUCGCGCCCAGUGCUGUGGACCCUGCAUUUGUCAAGUCUCGUAGGCCAUCUUUGGCGCAUGAUAUACGGAGGAAUGUGAGCGACAGUGCCGUUACCAGAGACGGUAUGCGAACCCGCGCGGGAUCCACGUCAUCGAACCCAUCGGACAAUCAUCAGGUGAUGCAGGUGCUAGCGAGUGCCGUCAGCCGAGUAACGCACGCCGCGCAUGCUGCCCAAGUAGACAAUGUAGUCGACCGAGCGGCAGCCUUGGCGAAACAGCAGCAAGUGCUUGGUGUGACCGCUCAGGCUGUUGCUGACGAGGUCCGGGCGGGUCCUCAUCCGGAUUCUCAGGGUACCGCAAGCGUCCUGGUCGCAGCUGCUCACUCGGUCGUCGUCGGUGCUGCCCAACUUGUUGCUACCGAUCGUGUCGCGCAGGCUACCCGCAGUGCAGUAGACCCGAGCGUAAUGGUCCCUACCCCAGCCCCUAUAUCUGUUACUGAUGUAUCGUUCGCGACCGAAAAGGCGGUGGCACAUGCGGUGGCGCUCAAUGGUCCGAUGGCUACCGAAGUGGAGGUCAUGAUGACCGCCAAUGCACUCAUCCAGCAACAGCAGAUUGCAUCAACCAAUGAGGCCAUUGAAGCUUCUCAGGUCACAUCUCACUUGCUAGGUGGUUCGCCUCCCGGGUCCGUAAGCCCCCAAAUGGGCCAGAUCGGAGACCAUCGAUCACGUUCGAUGAGCUCUCUGAACAACCAGGUCGGAGUAAUGCCCAUGAACGUUGGGAUGGUCUCUGGACUUGGGCCAGGCUUGGACGGCAUGUCGGUGAUUCCCCCGCCGCCAAUGCAUGGUAUGCCCGGUCUGGUCUCCAAUGGCAUGUAG